UUUCCCGAAAAUUUGAGUGUCAAAUUUGCGAUUUGAUGUUGACAAAGAACUGCUUUCCCAGUAGUUAUCUACGACCGAUGAAACCAUCUCAAAUCAUUCAAACGAAAGCAAGAUAAUCAAGGAAGAAUUCACAGUUUGAAGGAAGCUCAUUAAUAUUCAUUUUGCAUAGACAACACUAAUUAUUUUCCGCCGAUUCCGAAAUUUUAUUAUUCAAGAUGGCCUCCACGGCGGAUAAACCAGGAAUCAAAAUCGAGAUCCCAGAUCCUGGUCCUGUAUCCACUAAAAAUGAAUCUGGGAUGAACGGUGAGGUGAAACCGACAAUACAGAAACCGCAUGAUGAGAAUACACCGUUGAAUCUCGUCCACCACAUGACGGGGUCAGGAGAUGGCCAGGCCCAGCAGCAGUACAUGCAGGUCAUCACCUCGCAACCGGAGCUCACAGCUGCCGCCCCGCAACAGGUAUUCCUGACUGCGGGCAUUCAGCCAGGAUUUAUCGUACAAAAUCAGUUUGGACAACAGAUGUCCCUGGCGAGCAUACCUGCAGGUAUACAGCUGACACCGCAAGAUCUCCAAAACAUCCAACAACAGCUGCAACAACAACAAAUACAGCUGCAACAACAGCAAAUACAACCACAACAGCCUCCACAACAACAGCAACAACAACAACCGUCGUCUCUGCAGUCUGCGUUGACGUUGCAAGCGCCAUCGCAACAGCAGGGGCCGAAUCAGAACCAAGCGUCACAGCAGCUGCAGGCGGCCGCCCUGGCUAUUGCGUCUGCCGCUCAAGGACAGUUACAGAUUGGACAACCACAAAUGACGCUCAGCACCCAACCCCAGGCAAUCCUGCCAGCAUCGCCGCAGGUUACCAUGACAACACAACAACAGCAACAACCACAACAGAACCAACCUCAACUCCAGGCCAUAGCUCCUCAACCUCAACAACUCCUCGCGCAGAAUUCCGGGUCCCUUCCACAGAACUUCCAGCCGCUGAUUUUCCUGAAUGCUGCACAGUUGUCAGGCCAAUUAGCUGGAGUACAAGCUGGGAUUCAACCGCAGUUUCUCAUACAAAAUCAGAAUGCAUUACCGGGUUUGACGCAACAGGUGCAAGCUCCUGCUCAAACACAACAACCGCAACCAGUAUUGAUGACCCAGUCCCCCCAGCAGGCCACGCCCUCCACGCCCAAGCCUAUGCAAGCUAUGCACUUAUCGGCCGGUAUGUCUUCAGACGCACCCGAGCCUGAGGAAGCCAUAGACCUCGAAGAACUUGAACAAUUUGCUAAGACAUUCAAGCGGCGUAGAAUAGAAUUAGGUUUCACCCAAGGUGACGUCGGUAUAGCCAUGGGACGACUCUACCACAAUGACUUCAGCCAGACGACAAUAUCCCGCUUCGAAGCUCUCAAUCUCAGCUUUAAAAACAUGUGCAAACUCAAACCGCUGCUGCAUAAAUGGUUGGAAGACGCUGACUCACUGAGUCAGAAUCCGCAGGCACCGGUCCCAGGGUCACCAGUCACCGCUGAUUCACUCUCAAGACGGAGAAAAAAACGCACGAGUAUCGACACGACUGUUCGGGUGGCGUUAGAGAAAGCCUUCCUACACAAUUCGAAACCGACGUCGGAGGAAAUUAUGAUGUUAGGCGACAGUAUUGGCAUGGAAAAGGAGGUUGUGCGCGUCUGGUUUUGUAAUCGGCGUCAGAAAGAGAAACGUAUCAAUCCGCCGAAUUCGAUGUCGAAUGAUAUGGUGAUGAGGAUGGUUAAUUCGUCCAUGUUGACGUCCAAACAGGAGGGUGUCGUUAAUCUCACUCAGGGUGUCCCCGCGCCGAUUUCAACCAUAUCAAACACGUUAAGUCUGUCGUCGCAGUUGGUGCAGAACUUUAAUCAGCCGGUUAUGUCGACGGAUGGUCACCCCGUGGCGACGUCCGGCCAGAGUCCGGUCCCCACUGGGCACGUGAUUGCAGCGAUUGGCGCCGGCAUGCCGCAGACUCAGUUAGUUGACAGCGCGGGAAAUCCGGUUUCGUUUGCGGACGGUCGUAACCACCAUGUUAACAAUGUAUCCGAGGCGGGUACGCCGUAUUCAAUGUCCGCCGGAAUGUCACCGUAUACGUAUUCUCUCACACCAGCCGGCGCUGCUCAGAUCAUCAGUUCCUUAGCGACGCAGGCCGCAAAUAACCAAGCAGUUGCCACAACCGUUGCCGGGCAACACACUGUUAGCAAUCCUACCUUGGCAACCAACUUGGUUGCUAAUCAACAAACUGUCCCCAUGGAUACGUCGCAGCAUGUCAUCACCGCCGCGGCGAUGAACAGUAUUGCGCAAUCGGGUUAUGUUAUGGCGCAAAAUGUAUCGCAGGCUGGCGAGAAGGGUACGAGCUGAUCUGGAUGUGUUUUGCUAUUCUCCUGUGCUAUUUGAUAUUGUACCAGCUGAAUGAAUUUGAAUGGUGAAGUUGUUAUAGAGAUUCUUCACUGACGUCACAUGAUGACGUUGCCAAUUGUUUUGCACUGCCAUAUUGGCCGUCGCACGUGGUCAUGACGUAAAGGAAAUGCAUUGGCAGGUGGCCAUCAAAACAUCACGUCGUGGCGUCACGUGAAGAACCUCUGAAAAUAACUCGAAUUAUUCCAUAAGAGCUGCAAGAGGUCGACAUGGUCUGUCUCACUCAUGGGAUCGGGCCUUGGAAAAUGUUCCUCAAGUCAUUGCUGAAAGAUCUGACUAACCAACUAAGGUAUUGCAAUGUCAGCAUUUUUUCAUCCCAAGCAUAUCACACAUGUUGGCAUUGAUUUGACCUGUCACAAAGGGAAUGGGUCAGAAGUGAACAAAAUUGGACAUCAUCAAUGAAUAUCGUACUCUUAGACAAAUCAAAGGGGGGUAUUUGGCUUAUCUGUAUGAUAAGCCCCUUCUGUGGGCAGGUCUGCUGAAGGAAGUCUAGGCAGUAGCUGGGGUGGGCCAGAGUUAUGUGCGAUAAGGGUCUACUAUCCAUCCUCCCAAAGCAGGCUUAGGAGCGCCAGAUUCUAAAAUACACUACAGAAUUUUAGACUCUGCUAAAACAGUGGCACCGCCUAUACUUGGCAGUUGACACUAGUUAACACUGACUGAUUCUUGUUUCUAAAUUGCAUGUAUAUUUUUGCUAAGUUGUGUAAUGAGAUUAUUUUGUACAUAUGAAUCGAAUCAUGUAUUCUAUACACUGUAGAAUUGUAAAUAUGCAAAUAUUGGUAUAUUCUAGGAAUAUGUAGAUCUUUUCGGAAUAUUUGGUGUUUUACCUUUCUGACCUUACCACUGUAAACCACAGAUUUUUUCUGGCAUUUUAAAGUUGGCGAAAAAUGAAUUGUGAAAAAAUAAUUUUUGAUUGGAUAAACCAAAAGAUAUUUUGCAAUUGGCCCAAUAAAAAUCAUGAUUUUUAUUAUUGGGCAUAGACUGGUGACAUAUUCAAGUUAGUCUCCAGGGAUAAACAUUAGAUUUCGAUGAUGAUUCUGUAUCACAUGUGAUGGGGUUAUAAUGAAUUCCAGAGUUCCUGCAUGAAACGCAAAGUACAGUAGAACCUCUCUAUUAAGGACAACCUUUGGACUGACAAAUGCUAUCCUUAAUAGAGAGGUGUCCUUAUUAGAGAGGUGAAAUUGAAUGAAAACAACCAAAUUGGGUCUAGAACUAGUGUCCUUUAUAGAGGGUGUCCUUAUUAGAGAGGUGUCUGCUAAGGGAGGUUCCAUUGUAUUUUAAGUUAGUUCAUCCGUUCCAGUGGUUCAAUGAAGCCACUUCUGGUCAGUGUGGAAACUGGCUUGACUCUUUGUUUUUAUUUUCAGAAGCACCAUUUGCUGUUCGGUGCGAAAUUUUGUUAUCUGCAAGCAAGCUGUUAUUGCCAUUAACUUUGAA